CUUCCCUCACUCCUGAAGAGAAGAGUGGCUGAACCUGAGCUCGCACACCUACGAAGACAUGGCCUCUCGACUUGCUGCAGCUCUGCUCCUGCUGGGUGUCAUCUGCACCGGCUUUGCAGGAGCUGAGGUUGUGGUGGAUUGUUGUCUGAGCACCACAGACAAGAUUUUCCCGCUGAUAAGGAUUGAAUCCUACGUACUUCAGGAAGCCGGGAAUGGUUGUGACAUCAGUGCUACUGUGUUCAUUACAAAGAAUGAGAAGACCCUGUGCAUCAUCCACCCCAAAGACUCAAAUAAGAAAACCAAAUGGGUGAAAUCUCACAUUGAAUAUCUGAACAACAGAAGACCACAGAAGUGAAGAGACACACAGAGAAGUGGACUCUGGGGGAAAGACGGCAACUGAAGACGGACAACAAGAUGAAUUCCCAUCUCUGUUCAGAGCCUCAGAAUGUUUUGUCACACUGCCCCAGAGGUUUCUAAACCUCUUAGCUUCUGACCCACAACAUAAAGGCGAAGACCAUCAACUCCUGUUUUUCUACAGAGGAUAUUUAUUUAAAAUUGAAUUAGUAUUUUUUUUUAACCUUUGUAACAACAACGGCUAGAAAACAUUUGUUUGAUUUCUGAAAAUCUUCUUGCCACCUCUCAGUGUCUCUCGUCCUCUAAGGGGGGUCUCGACCCCUAGUUUGGGAAGCGCUGCACUUGACAGACGAUCAGACUUG